UAGGAGGAACGAAUGUCUCAGGCUGUUUCUCUUCUUCUGGAGUAUCGCUGUGGCCUGUCUCCGUCGCUCCCAUCAGCGGUUCCAGUUUGGGGACAUCAAGUUGAUGCCAUUUGCGUCGCCCCUGCUCGCAUAGGGCGUCGUGUCUGUCUUCGCCAAGCUUGCAGCUUCUCUCUGGUUUAAAGCCUUUAAUCUGCUCGGUAUCCUCCCCGAAGAGACGGCAGUAGUUUUGAGUGUGAAAGGUUUUGGUGUUGGCCGGGCGAGUUUGGUUUAGGCGGAGUGUGUCACCAUGCCGAGAUACUACUGUGACUACUGCGACACGCAUCUAACUCAUGAUUCUCCUUCUGUGAGAAAACAACAUUGUGCAGGAUAUAAGCACAAGGCCAAUGUUCGGCAGUACUAUCAGCAAUUUGAGGAGCAGCAGACGCAGAGUUUGAUUGAUCAGAAAGUGAAAGAACACUUGGGACAGACAGCAGCUGCAUUGGCCCAGCAACAAGUUGGUGGAGCUGUUUAUUCACACUUAGCUGGUAUGGGAGGUGGUUACAAACCUAUGGCUGCUUCAGGACUGUUACGUCCCCCGAUGUUGGCCGCUGUACGGCCUCCUGUCCUGCCUCCACCAUCCGGACCUGCUUCUGGCUAUGGAAGUGGGGCGCUACCCUCGUACAGACCUCCAGUGGUUCAGCCACCUGGCAGCGGCUCCACUCAAUAUUACAAUGGUCCCUCACAGUUACAAUAUUCAACAAGUAAUGGCGCAUCACAGUAUUCGGUGAACAAUAGUUCAGUACCACAGUCUUACUCCUCAAGUAGCACGGGUGCUCAGUCUCAGUAUGUGUCGAGUAUCAACGGUGGACAGGCUCAAUAUCAAACAAGUAGUGGAGGUUCUCAGCAGCAGCAGUAUUCCAAUGGACCAACUCGGGCGCCUAUUCCAUCAACAUACAAUCCGGGGCCCGCUUAUCAAAGGUAGACUGGUGUAAGUGAGAUGAGAACCCUCAGUGUGGAAUUGGACUGCUAUGGUCUGAUCAGUAGACAUGCAUUUGUCUUGAGGCUACUUGGAUCCAAUAUGCUCAAAAUCACAUGCAGCGGAUGGUAUUCCACGAUCUUUCUACAUUGACGAGUUUUUCAAGGCGUUUCUGGCGGGAGGUUUCGGUGCAGGUAGUGAUUUCUGGUAAAGAUGUACUUGCAUAGGCUAGAGUCAGGUAAACAGUCUUCUCGAUGGACUGACAAAUGCUUCAUCAUCUUCAAGUCUCAACUGUGUUUGCGGAUGUGUUUGUAAGUGAUGCCACAUUCUGGUUUGAGGUAUUUCUAUCAAAAUAGGGAGCUGGGGCAAUCAUACGACUUUUCAUAUCUUAUAGAUAGUUGAACAGAAGUUGGUCCAACUGAGAAUGAGGUGUGGUCGAGGAGAAUGGCAACAGAUUCGGCACGAAGGUAUCCUCGUUUGGUUUCUGUUGAACUCAUUUCUGAUUUCAGAAUCAGCAUAGCACAUGUGAAUGUGCCUUGCUUGAUUCAGAUUGUUAUGUGAAUCCUACACCGCAUCAUAUGGGCGCUUUGUGAAGGUUUGUCAGUGUUAUGAUUAAUGGAUCUGGUUGAAAGGUAAGUAACGGUGUCACUUGAAAUCGGCUGUGUGUAGAGUCUACUUCAUGAGUCAAUCGUUGUAAAUUUCACAUUAUUAUUGUCAACAACAAUGACUUCAAAUCUGAACCAUGAAUUCUGAGUUAGUUCGCACAUAUUACUAUGUAAGUCAUACCGUCGAUCGUUAACUUACAAUCAACACUUGGGUCUGAUCAAUUUUUUUUUUCCUUAGCAUUAUACCAUACUCGUAAUUAGUGUGUUCAAUCUCUCGUUUCACUUCUUUGUAAGUAUUUUUACUUUCAUAAGUUUACACAGGUGGUCGUAUCGAUUCCAGGAUGUUUGCGCUGUAGCAUGAUCUUCUUUCCUCCCCCAGGUGCAGUUUAACACGUCUUGCGAUAUUGUUAUUUUUGGCAUUUGUGAUGAAAUGUGUUCAAGAGAAUCCUGUCGCUUAUAUGUCGAGUAUCAAGGGUACAGAGGUUCAGUACCACAAAGGCACUGGAGGUUUUCAGCAGCCGUUUUCCAUUGAAUCAACUGUAUGCUUGCGCCAUCAACAUACAACCAAGGACUGGUGUGUCAAAGAUAGAAUGAUGCGAGCAAAAUGUUAACUCUUAGCUCUUAGGUACUUCAUGAAUCAAAAUGUCAAGAUCGAAAGUUGGAGCGCGAAGUCACGUGACCUUAAGGAUCUCGUAGGCUCAAGGUCUCAUUACAUGUUGUCAAUAUUGAUGAAUGGUCUGCAUUGUGAAUUAUUACCUG